AUUAGAAUAUAGUUCGACUGGAAUUGUAGUAACAAGUACAUUUAUAUUAGUGCGAAAAUGAAUCCGGAAACAGCCAAAGGAGGAGAAGUGCAUUUCCAAGAUGUACCUAUGACUGCACCACCUGCAUACCCUGGGCCACCUGUUGGAGUACAGCCAAUAGCAACCCAGCCUGUUGCAGUCACGGUGGUUCGUCAGGUACCGAUGGUGCAAGCUGCGGUACCAGUUACUUCCGUGGCGGUUCCAGUGAUUGUUAGUCAACCAAUGGGCAACCAACCCUCAAGAAUAGUCUGUAGAACAUGUAAUCAAGAAAUGACUACCAGAGUUGAAACAAACCCUACGUUAAAGACUCAUUUGUUUGCGCUUCUUCUGUGCGGUUUGGGAUGCUGGUGUUGCGUUUGCUUCCCAUACUGCAUGGAUUCCUGCAUGCAAACAAACCACUACUGCACAACAUGUGGUGCUUAUAUUGGAUCUUAUAACCAAAAUUAAAUUACCAUAGACUGUUAAUUUUGUUUUUGGUGUCAUAGACAACAAAUAAAAAUUUAAAGCUGAGACUGCGAUCUGAGAGUUUUUAUCGAAGUACAAUAUUCACACGGUCUUGUUAAU